GGACAGAGUUGCAGGAAGAAGGGUCAUCUGAUUUUGGAUUCUGGGAUCUGAAAUAGUAACAAAAAGUCCACAUUUUGUCUUUUCCCUUCUGGCUCAUCUCUGCAUGUUCCUGUUGCACACACUUGCUUUGUCUUGCCAUCCUUGCCACGUUAAUUGCACCAUACCCUAUAGUCAUCAAGUUAAACUUUCAUCAUGGACAACCAUUCAAGUCUUCCUCCUUCUCCCGUAUCCCGUUCCAAGAUCUCCCGCAACGCUGUACUUCCACAUGCUGCGAUCAAUACCCAACUCCCUCCCUCGCCUAUCGAUGUCAUGACCUUGGCUCCCUCAGCGGACCAUGUCGCCUCAAUGAAAUACCACGAUUUGCCUUCCGAGUUCCAAUCCAAGUCACACAUACCCGACCGACCGCCCGCUGCAAACGGACGAUAUUGGUGCAAGUGGCAAGGAUGCUUCACGUUUCAUGACUCGGAGGAAGACUUUGUCCAUCAUGUCGGCGGGCAUGUGAACACCCUUCCCUGGAGUGAGAAGGCGAGCGUCACCGACAAGGCGGCCAUCUUUGGAUGCAAGUGGGAGGGAUGCGGUAACCAGAAGCAUUUUGAGUAUCGACAAAGAUUGAUUGAGCACCUACGGACGCACACAGAUGAGCGUCCAUUCCUGUGUCCAGUCAGACAGUGUGCGCACAGGUUCACUGUUAGAUCGAACUGCAUGUCUCAUGUCAUUAACGUCCACAGGCGGAAGCUGAUACCCAUCCAACUAAAGCCGGGAUCCAGUAUAGACAGUAUUCUUAAAGAGAAGGGAAUCGAUAUUCAUCAGCUCAGUGAGAUGGAACCGGUUGUGAUAGAGGUAAAGCGAUCGGAAGCUACCACAAUCCCAUCCGUAUUUAGGAGGGAUAGUCUGGUAGUUAUUCCUCGUCCUGCAUCACGGAAGCGAAAGGCUCAGCAAGCGGAAUUGUCAGAAACGUCAACCAAUCCUGAACCCGAGCAGUUGCUCCCACUGCCCAGUCCAUUAAACUUGUUACCCCCCUCGGCAACCCCCCUUUCGCCUCCGCCUUCAUCAUCCUCCGCCCCGCCCCCUACUCCGUCCCAAAAACCCAGCCGCCCAGCCAAAAGAAAGAAAAAGUCACAGGAUCCCCCCAGAGUCGGGGAUUACAAACUGAGAAGCCGAACACUGAAUCCAAGACCAGCAACCAAGCCCGCACCCGAACCUAUUACCCGUCACCUCUCAUCAUGGACAUCAUCCUUGCACUCUCUCCAAGCACAUAUCGACAGUCUAACCACCCAAACUGCAAAUCCUGCCGAAGCUUUUGCCGAAGUUGAUAGUUUCCCAUCUCACAUACAACCCAACCACAUACAACCCAAUCAGUCUGCCCUCUCAUUGGAGGCGGAAAAAUUGAUGGCUGAUAUCAGCAGUUUGCAGAACAGAAUCUCUACCUGUGUCGAUUCGUUAGUACGGUGUGGAUGGUCGGAAGAGGGUGUGCUAGAGGUUAUGACCAGCAUGACCCGACAAGCUACAAAAAAGGAGGUACAAGGACGUGCAAGACGUGGGUGA